AUGUCGUUCAUGUUCACUCCUCCUGCAGCGGAGCGAUUCUGCAAAAUCAGGGCCUAUUCCAUAACCACACCUAACAAUGGCACCGGCUCGAACGACUUCUGCCUCUUCCACAAUCUGUUUGAAGAAAGUGGCCUCAUCAAAGACCCAGGCUACAGAGAGAUCACCAACGAGAAAAUGUGCCCUUCUAGAGCAACAGCAAAAUGCAUAUCAAAUGAGAGUCAGCUGCCUGUUGUGCGGUGA